AUGGAGACUCGCCCCAACAACUCCAACAACGGGAACAACGGGAACAACCCCCAAUGGCGCGGCUGGAAUCCUAACCCUCGAGGAAACUCCAACCGCAGGGCCGGCCGAACGUGGGUUAAUGGCAAUGGUCACGGCGGGAAUGGUCACGGCGGAAACGGUCACGGCGGAAACGGUCACGGCGGAAAUGGAAUCGGCCCUCAUCCCAACGGUAACGGUGCAAACAACGGUAGAGGUGGCUAUCGCAAUGGCCCCGGCAACCGAGGCUCCUUUUCAACGCAACACACUUCUACUUCAAGCUUCAGCGGCCAGACUUUCCCUUCUCCAAAUUCUCCUGCUCAACAUUACAACCCGGGCAAUCAGUUUGCUUCCGGCUUUGGUGGCAACAACUUUAACCAGGGCUACAACCCAAAUGCCGCCCAGCCCUUUGGAAACUUCCCCCAAGUUCAUCCCGGCAACCUUCCCCAGAACUACUCACAAGGAUAUCCAUCUAUUGGGGUGAUUCCUGGUGGACCUAUUUACUACACCCCAGGGCCCGAAUGUCCCCCACCAUUUGAGUUUCCCGUGAUGCAAAACCCCGGAUUUCCAGUGUUUAUGCAGCCAGUCCCUUACACUCAGGCUCCAGUUUCUCCCGUGAUGCCGCAGCCCUCGUCACCUCCCGGACUUCUUCGACGCCCACUCCGGCCGAAUGAACCUCUUAUCGUUUCAAGCCAGCCCCAGUAUGAUACUGAUCGUCAUCGAGAGCUGUACUACUACCCCACUAACCAGGAAACCCCCGGCAUGAGCCCUGGUUGGGUGGAUCCAGCACCUGGGUAUUGCAUGCAGCCAGACUAUAACCAGCACCCACUCAUCGCAGAGCAUCAGUCCAAUCAGUCCAGUGUGGAUCUGUCAUACUCGGGAGGCUUCGCUGGGGAAAGGGCAUCAGACCAACUAACCCAGACUCGAGUUGGAUCCGAUGAUUCGCAAGACUCUGACAGAGGAAGGACGAUUGUUCGAGAUUCUCACUCUACCACUGAUGGGGGAUUCGACGCACCACCCGUUAUGCCAAGGUCCCGCAGUUUAGUUGGACCUGGCACUGGGACGGAUGAUACACCAAGGAAGAUCAGCCUCAGUGAUGCGAGGAAACUUAUCGAGUCUCACCUUGAGCCAGACCACACUUCAAAUGAGCCUAUUGAGCCUGAGAAUAACCCAAAGGAUCCCCAGCCUGAGCCCAAGCUGGAAUCUGAGCAGAUGGAGACGACACCUGCCGACCAUGUCGAUGAGACCAUUCAUUACAACACUGAAGUAGAGUGUAUGGAUGAGUCGUUUAGUCGAGCUGGAGCUGGCGCUGAGACCGCAGGGGCCCAGGUUGGUGAAACUGAGCAACUGACACUUGAAAUCACAAGCCUAUCAAGUACUAUGACAUCCGAUGAAGCGGCUGGCCCCCACACCCCACAAACUGACGACGAGGCGUGCCAGGGUGUCACUGCUAUCAACCUGACCACACAUGAAGAGUCGGAGUCUACCCUGACUGAGGUUGAGCCCGAGUCCUCUACGCCCGUCGGAGCUGGUGGGGAAACUGAUCACGGCGAUAAACAAGACAAAGGAAAGGCACCUGCUCAGCCAGAUGUGAAUGCUCAGCUUGCCUUGUCGAGAGGUAUUCGAACUGUGGCGACCUCUUCUCUUCCUCGACGCAGCAGGCCCAAGCACAGAAAGCUCAAGCCAAAGUAUCAACCCAAGACUGAUACCGGCAAGACCGUUGAGCAGUACACCCGUGAGACCUACGCCGAGAUGGUUGCAAAGGACCCUAGUUUCAAACUUCGAGACGAGAGGAUUGUGGACGAGGUUAUUCAGGAACUUGAAGAUGAGACGCGCAAGAAAAGCCGCGAACAGUCAGGCCUUGACCCCGACUAUGAAAGUGGGGAUGAUGCUGACGUGUCCACCAACUAA